UCAUGUGUUAUUCUGGUUUAAUCGAAAAGGGUUUGUUGUUCUAGCUGUUACACAGUAGGGAUUUCCUAAUAGUGUUUAUAUAGUUUGUUCUGACAUAUUAACGCUUGAGCUUUUUCUGAUAAAUCAUUAGUUCAAUGUAAAGCAACUCAACUUAUUGUCUUAACAUAAAUGGAUGGCCAUCUUAAUGACAUAAUAUUAGUAUUUAUUUGUCAUGUUGAGUACUCUAUUUUAAAAUUUCCAUUGUUCAACGACCAAUAAAUGAUGCUACCCUGGUGGGUUAUUUUUCUGGCGUAACAUGCUGUACCAUCUUAUGAUUUCAUGAAUGUAAGUACAGUUGAAGGACUUGACUGACUUCAAGUUCUGCACUUAGAUUUUCUGCAGGGAACAAGUUCAAGCAAUUAUCAUCUAAGUAGGUGGUCCCUUCCCACCUCAUUCCAGUGGUGGGUCACUCAAGGAAAAGAGACUGGUAAACUGAAAUGUGCAGUCUCGACCAUCGUGUAAUCGUAACCUGGGAAGAUAACUUGUGGGGAGGAAUCAGGAAAAUUACACAACAAAGAAAAAGAUGGAGACUACCUCAUCCCAGCGACAAAGCAAUGACUUGGCAGAAGAUAAGACUGCUGCACAACGAUACAUGAUUCGAGUGAAUGGAGUUUUACAUAAUGUGAAAAAUGAAGACCCUCGGAUGUCUCUGGCUGAGUACUUGCGCUCCAUUUUACACCUUUGUGGAACAAAGACUAUGUGUUAUGAAGGGGGUUGUGGUUGCUGUAUUGUUGUGCUUGAAUAUGACAACCCUGCGAAGCCGGAGAAGAGAAUCAUUAAGUCAAUGAAUUCAUGUUUAUUUCCAAUUGGCUCCCUCCUAUCAUUGAAGAACCAUCAAGUUAUAACAAUUGAGGCACUGGGGUCUGUGAAGAAGGGUUUACACGCCAUACAGAAGCGACUGGCUGAUUAUAAUGGAAGUCAGUGUGGAUUCUGCACCCCGGGUUUUGUCAUGCAGAUGUUUGGGCUCCUGAAAAACAAACCAAAUUCCAGCUGUCAGGAUGUGGAGGAUAACUUUGAUGGCAAUGUCUGCAGAUGUACAGGCUAUCGACCUAUUUUGGAUGCCAUGAAGUCUUUUGUAAAGAACACAGACACAAAGCUGGGAGGUUCCUUUGUUGAUAUAGAGGAUUUGGUGGUCUGUCCCAAGAUAAAGAGACCUUGUAUUCGGAGCUCCUUGGGUGAAAUUGCAUCUUCCACUCGUCCAGCAGAGGGCACCACCAGUAUGCUUUUCUCAAAGGAUAGUCGAAAAUGGUUCCAGCCCACAGAACUACCACAGCUCUAUCUAUUAAUGCAGGAGUACUCACAUGAAGCUGUCAGACUUGUAAAUGGAGAUACGGCAAAAGGAGUUUACAAGAAAGAUGGACCUUAUCAAGUUCUCAUUGAUGUGAAAGGAAUCCCUGAUCUUUACGAGGUCACUAUGGGACCUAAUGGCUUAAAGGUGUUUUCCAACGUUACCCUGAGUUCACUCAUCGACUACCUGAAACAGUAUUCUGACCAAUCACCAUCUUACAACGUUAUAGCUCGUCAUUUGCUCAAGGUUGCAAAUGGGCCUGUGCGAAACGCCGGUGGAUGGGCUGGAAAUUUGAUGAUGAAGUGGAAACACCGUGAAUUUGAGUCGGAUGUAUUUGUGGCCUUUGAAGUUGCUGGUGCUAAAGUGACUGUUGCAGAUAUUGCAGAAUUGAACACUUACACCCCAGUGCAGUUUCUCGAUGUCAACAUGAAAGGAAAGGUCCUUUUAUGUGUGGAAAUUCCAAAGCUGACAGAGUCUGAAAAGAUGAACAGCUUUAAGAUUGCGCCCCGAAUGCAGAAUGCCCAUACGUAUGUGAGUGCUGGGUUCCGGGUUCGGUUAAAAGCUUUGGAUAAUAAACAGUUGGUAGAAUCCAUCUCAAUGGUGUACACUGGAAUCAAUAGAACGUUUGUUCAUGCUCUUGCCACAGAAAAAUAUCUCCAAGGCAAAGACAUUACUUCCAAUGUAACUUUGCAAGGUGCCCUGACAACACUUGAGAAGGAGAUAAUUCCUGAUGAAGAUAAUCCACUGCUUGCAAGUGCAGAAUACAGGAAAUCAUUGGCACUCGGACUUUUCUAUAAGUUUUUCCUCUCUCUGUUGAGUGAAGGUUUAGUUUCACCUUGCAAUCGGAGUGCCAUGUUUGCUUUGGAACGUCAUAUAUCCACAGGAAAACAAACAUUCAGCAGCAGACCAGAGGAAUAUCUUUUGACAAAACCUAUGCCAAAAUUAAAUGCCCACAAGCAGGCUUCUGGUGAAGCUGAAUUUAUCAACGACUUGCUGCCUCUUCCGAAUGAGUUAUUUGCAAUGUUUGUGCUGAGCACAGAAGGAAAUGCAACUAUUAACCACAUUGACCGUACGGCAGCUAUGAAUGUGCCUGGUGCUGUUGCAGUGCUUCAAGCAAGCGAUAUACCUGGAUCCAAUACAUUUAUGCCUCCACCCUAUAUGGUUGAAGAGAUUUUGAGUAGUGGUCCUGUUGUGUAUGCUGGACAGCCAGUCGCACUGUGUCUUGCGGAUUCACAGCGUCGUGCUCUGGAGAUGGUAGAAGUAGUGAAGGUCAUCUACCAAGAUCAAAAACCACCAAUAGUGACCCUUGAUGAAGCUAUUGAGAAAAAAUCUUUUUAUCCACCACCUGGAAAGGGGUUACUUGUUGGAGAUCCUGCAGGUGCUAUUUCCGAAUCUCCUUGCAAAAUUGAAGGGGAAGUUAGAGCAGGUGAACAGUAUCAUUUCCACAUGGAAACACAGAUUUGUCGGUGUGUGCCUACUGAAGAUGGUUUGGAUGUUCAGGCAGCUAGCCAGUGGUUGGACCUAGCCCAACAAGCCAUUGCCGGUGCCAUUGGAAUACCUGCCAUGGAUAUUAACAUCUCAGCUAAGCGUUUGGGAGGAGCUUAUGGCGGUAAAGCUACGCGGGCUAAUUUAGUAGCUUGCGGGGCAGCAGUGGCUGCAACAGUACUUUGCAGACCUGUUCGAUGCAUAAUGGACCUGAGUACCAACAUGAAAGCAGUUGGCAAACGUCAUAGUUAUAUUUUCAAAUACAAGGUGGGAUUUAAUGAAGAUGGUAAACUGAAUGGUAUUAUCAUUACUUACUACUCUGACAACGGAUGUAGCCCGAAUGACAAUGAGGUUGGAGAAUCCCUUGUAUUUUCUGAUAAUGUUUACAAGUGUAAGAACUGGCACCUGAUCCCUAUUGCACUUAAGACAAACCGUGCAGCUCACACAUGGUGCAGAUCUCCAGGUUCAAAACCCAACAUAUUUGUCAUUGAGACAAUACUUGAACAUGUGGCCAAAUUUCUGUCAUUGGAUCCAAUCAUUGUAAAGCAGAAGAACUUGUAUGCUCAAGGGGACAUCACACCACUGGGCUUUGACCUGCCCUACUGCAGUAUCCAGGAUCUCUACUCAAGUCAGAUAGAAAAAGUGGAUGUGGCUGGGCGACUGCAAGCCAUUAAGAAAUUCAAUGCAGAACACAGGUGGAAGAAGAAAGGACUGGCAGUGGUUCCCCUCAAAUACGGCCUGUAUUGGACUCAAAGCUAUUAUUUGUGCACUGUUUCAAUAUUUGCCAGUGAUGGUUCAGUUAUGGUUUCACAAGGUGGCAUUGAAUCUGGCCAGGGCCUUGAUACUAAGGUAGCUCAAGUGUGUGCCUAUGCGUUAGGAAUUCCGGUUAAUAACGUCUCCAUAAAACCAACAACAACAAUUAGCAGUCCGAACUCCGGUCCAACUGGUGGCAGCAUGACCAGUGAACUUAACUGUCUGGGUGUAAAAAAUUGUUGUGACAUAUUGAAGAAGAGAAUGGACCCUGUGAAGGAUAAACUUCCGCUAGGUACCCCUUGGAAAGAGCUGGUGGCAGCCUGUUUCAAAGCCAAAGUGAAUUUGACUGCACAUGAUUGGGUGUGGCCUGAUCCACAGCCCAAAGGUGCCCCUCAAUAUAACUCAUACGGAGUGACCGUGGCAGAGGCUGAACUUGAUGUCCUGACCGGUGAGAACCAGAUUAAUCAAGUGGACAUGCUCUUCGACUGCGGUGAAAGCAUAAACCCUGCCAUUGAUAUUGGACAAAUUGAAGGUGCUUUCGUCAUGGGCAUGGGGUAUUGGCUGAUGGAGAAGGUGAUCUAUGAUCCUGACACUGGGGAGGUACUGAAUGCAGGGACAUGGGAUUACAAACCACCAUUCAGCAAGAGCAUACCCAUUAAUUUCAACAUCGAGCUAUUAAAGAAUGCACCCAAUGUAAUGGGUGUUCUUCGUUCCAAAGCCUCUGGUGAACCUCCCCAGUGUAUGUCCUGUGUCACUUUAUUUGCUGUGAAGCAUGCUAUUGAGGCAGCACGUCAAGAUAUUGGGAAGGAUUCCUACUUUCCAUUAAGUGGACCAGCAACAGUUGAUGUAAUCCAAACCAGCUGCCUCGUGGACUACAAACACUUUUCAAUCUAAAAACCCAUCAUUGAUUUCAGCUGCUGCAUUGAACAAAGCUAAUAAUGUGCAUCCUUCCAGAAAUUAUUUUGUCUUUACCUGUAUUGCAUAAUUCUAUACAAUAUUAACCAUAUCCAUACAACGUAGUACUUUAAACGUUUACCCCCAUUGUGUUCCUUUAACACAAAUCUGCGGUAUAAACAUCAUACUGAAUGGUUUAUCCUUUCUCUGAGUUUUUUAAAAUCAGUCCCGGGACAUGAACAUUUUCUGCUGAAGUCACAGCAGAUGAACAGGAGAUUUUCCAGCGAAUACAACAUUACUCAUCUGAAAAGAACAGUACUUUUAAGAAUAUCCGCCUCCCCCUCUCUCCCUAUGUAUUUCAGAAUCCUCUCCCCGUCCCCCUUUUCUGAUGAAGGGUCUAGGCCCGAAACAUGAGCUUUUGUGCUCCUAAGAUGCUGCUUGGCCUGCUGUGUUCUUCCAGCUCCAUACUUUGUUAUCUCGGAUUCUCCAGCAUCUGCAGUUCCCAUUAUUUCUCUCCAGUACUUUUAAGAAGGUAACCUUGAAUUGGCAGUUAAUGUACAUUGUUUUUCAUUUUGAUUGAUGGCACUGUUUUAAUAAAUAACUUGCCAGUUCAAAAUAUUUCAGCAA